AGAAAUGACCACAACAAUGGCCACAGAGCCUAAUUCUUGCCAUCUCGUACCCAACGAUAUUUCCUCCAAACUUACACAGAAAACUCUCUCAACCCUCUUAAACACCAACUGCAGCACUUCUCUGCAACAUCUCAAACAAACCCACGCCCAGAUAAUAAAAAAUGGCUUCUCCCAAGACAGUUACGUCGCUGGUUCCUUGGUGAAGUGUUAUGCCAACCCUCAUUUUGGCAGCUUGGAUUGUGCACUCAAGAUCUUCGACCAAGUUCCGCAACCUCACACCUUCUUAUGGAACUCCAUGAUCAAAGGGUACUUAGAAAACCAUGCCCCAGAUAAGGCCAUCACCUUGUAUUGUGAAAUGGUUGUUGCAGAUUCCAGGCCCAACAAGUUCACCUUCCCGACCCUAUUCAAGGCGUGUGCUGUCGCUAAGGCAGUCGAAGGGGGGAUGCAAUUUCAUGCCCACGCUCUAAAACAUGGCCUGCAUAAAGGAGAUGCCCACAUAAGAAGUUCCGGGAUUCAGAUGUACGCGACCUGCGGCCGCGUUGUAGAUGCUCGCAAGAUGCUUGACGAGGGCGCAAGAGAAUCAGAUGUCGUGUGCUGGAACGCGAUGAUCAAUGGGUACUUCAAAAGUGGGGACAUGGAGGCCGCAAGUGGCUUGUUUGAGAGUAUGCCAGAGAGGAACAUCGAUUCCUGGAACGCCAUGAUCACUGGUUACGGGAGAUGUGGUAUGAUAGAUGCCGCAAAACAAAUGUUCGACGUUAUGCCUCAGAGAAAUGAGAUCUCUUGGAGUGCAAUGAUCGAUGGUUGUAUCGAAGGAGGUGGUUUCAAGGAUGCUCUGAUGGUCUUCCAUCAGAUGCAAAAAGAGGGAAUUCAGCCAAGAAAGUUCGUCCUUUCAAGUGUACUAGCUGCUUGUGCGAAUGUUGGGGCUCUUGAUCAAGGCAGAUGGAUCGACGCUUACAUAAGACGUAAUUCCAUCCGAUUAGAUGCAGUUCUAGGGACAUCUCUGGUGGAUAUGUACGCCAAGUGUGGACGUCUUGACUUGGCAUGGGAGGUUUUUGAGAAGAUGAAAUACAAAGAAGUCUUCUCAUGGAAUGCCAUGAUAGGUGGUCUUGCAAUUCACGGACGCGCCGAUGAUGCGAUUGAGCUUAUUCUGAAGAUGCAGAGGGAGAAGUUUAGACCAGAUAGCAUCACCUUCUUAGGUGUGCUAAACGCAUGUGCUCAUGCGGGUUUGGUCGAUGAAGGCCUCAGCUACUUCACUUCUAUGAAACAAGCGUAUGGGAUAGAGCCCACAGUGGAGCACUACGGCUGCGCCGUCGACCUCCUUGGCCGCUCAGGUCAUUUGUUAGAGGCAGAAGACCUUAUAAAAUCUAUGCCCAUGAAACCAAAUGCAGCUGUGUGGGGAGCUCUAUUAGGCGCUUGUAGGAUCCAUGGGAAUCUAGAACUGGGUGAGAGAGUUGGGAAGCUUUUGCUUGAAUUGGAGCCACAGAACAGUGGUCGUUAUGCUUUGUUAUCAAAUAUCUAUGCCAAGGCAGGGAGAUGGAACGAUGUCACCAAAGUGAGGAAGAAGAUGAAGGAAAAGGGUUUAAAGACGAUUCCUGGAGGUAGCUUGAUUGAUUUGGAUGGUGAGAUUCAUGAGUUCAUAAUGGGUGAUGGUUCUCACCCACAGAUGAAGAAGAUCAACUCAAUGUUGAAGGAGAUGAUUACAAGGAUACAAUUAGAAGAAGAUUAUAAACCAGAGACGAGUCAAGUUCUGUUUGAUAUCGACGAGGAAGAGAAGGAAACCACCCUCUGCUACCACAGUGAAAAACUUGCAAUUGCCUUUGGAUUACUUAACACAUCCACUGGGGCUACCAUUCGGAUUGUGAAGAACCUCAGAGUUUGCGAAGACUGUCACUCCAUGACCAAGCUUGUUUCCCGUGUUUAUAAACGUGAGAUAAUAGUGAGGGACCGUGUUCGUUUCCAUAAGUUCAAAAAUGGGAUCUGUUCAUGCAAGGAUUUUUGGUAGGAGAAAUUUCUCUGUUCCCUAUUACCCAUC